AUGAAUUGAAAUUUUAGACAAAAAUGGCGAAGUUUGAUUGCAUAUUUCUCGUAAACUAGAUAGUCAAUUUAGCCAAGAUUUCGCAAAGUAACUUGUUAAUAUAAACAUUAAUUUUGUACAAAAUUUCAGCGUUGUAGCAUGACUUUUAUUUUGAGGAACAACUACCUUAAAGCAUUAAAGCGAACGCAACUGUAGCAAUAUGUGGUGCCACAAAUUAGUUCCGAUUUCUCACAUGUCCCAUCUCAGAGAGCGCUGUUAACGUUAAUCAUUUUCGCUCCAUAAGAGUUUGCACGCCCUGGUAACCACUCAUAACAGAACAGAACACAAUUAUGACAUAGUUGUUCUCUGCGUCUUUUCUGUGUAUAUGAAAUUCUGUGUACGUUGAAAUUUAGUACCAUAUAUAUAUUGGAAGCUGUAAUAUAUACUAAUUUGAAGAUAUGGAGGAAAUAUAUUUUUCAACUGAAAAGGAAUCGAACAUUAAUGGAUAAUGGCAUUUCAAAAAGUCGUUCAGGCGUCCUCGACAGACAAGCUCAAUAGCAUAGAAAAGUUGCGUAAGAAAAGCCAAAUAUUAUUGGCAAAAGCUAGUAAAAAUUCCAAGAGAGUUGACACUGAAAUAAAGGAGUUGCAGAAAGAAAGAAGUUCGCAGAUAUUAUCUGCAAUAAAUUACCACAAUCACAAGUCUCAACACAAUCAUUUACAAAGAAACAUUGAAUCAUGGAAGUUACGUAAUGAUUCGAGUGCAGUUAGCACUAUCCUAUGCCCAGAUUAUUAUUGUUCUAGUUUGAGACACGCAUCUGCUUCAGCACCGAGCAUGACAUCUUGCGUAAAGCUAACACUGACAUCUAAAAAACCACGAGAACAAUAUACAAGGUUUGCUCCCAGGAAGCCAGUGAAGGAAUGUUACUGUUACUUGGAGGUAAACAAAGCAAAUUUAAGAUCAUCGAGAACUCGACGGAGAACCGCAUCACCUUCUCGUCAGUGCACAAGUAAUUUCGAGCUAAGACCGGUUAAGGAAACCAACGACAGAGCAGUUUUGACUUCACCGAUUAGCUGUGAGACAUACAGGAGAGUUCGGAAAAUCGACUACACGCCUAGAUCCCAGUUCCUCCGUAAUGUGCAGAACAGAAUCUGUGAGUGGCAAAGCGGAGGCCAGGGCGAUUGCUCGCAAACGUGUCCUAGGUCGUUGAGUUACCAUAGAAUCAUGGCAAGCGCGAGGAUACAGGAUAUUGACUCUGAUCGAGAAAUACAACCGAAUGCAGUUAAAUGCGUCGAGGGACGGAAGUCUUCUGCGACCCCGAAGACGCCCGCCAACUCGAUAGCCAGCGAGUCCGAUCGCAAUAUCGUCUGCACUUCGAACAAGGAAACCCGAACAUCUUUGCGCAAACGGUCUAAAUCAAUGUUGAGGAAGAUGAUAUCUAAAAGACCAACGUCGAGAUCGCCGACUCAAGGUGAACGAAUGUCGCGAUCGCACGAUCAUAAUUAUCGCUGUUGUUGCAGAGAUGAACCGAAAAGUUUUGGAGACGGACGCGAAAAGAAACAUUCAUCAGAGUAUCACGAGCAAAGAAUUCGACGCAUGCAUACGAAAUGCGAUGACGAUCCUGUAGACAGUGACGCAUUGGCUGAUCCCAUCGACCAAGAAAUGAAGGACUUGAAAAGAUUCCGAGCGCAGAACUAUUUUGAAACACAUGGGUCGAGCCAUACAUUGGCGUCGUCCAGAUCGUCAGGAUCGUUGGAGCAAUAUCUGCUGAACGAGCGACUAUUUCCGGAGCCUGUAAGCAAAAUCCACAGACAGGAUCUAGUAGUAACGAUGCCACCAUGCACGACGACGGAAAGAAAACGCAUCCAUUACUUCCCUAAGCACGUAGUAUAUCAAGAGAAGAAUGUGUACAAUACAAAUUACAGACGGAAACGACACCAGAGCUGUCCUCUAACCGGUCAUGCCAUCGAUCUCGGAAUUCUGAAAGCCAGACCGCCGUUGAAUAGCUUAGCGCUCAAGUAUCAGAAAAGAGCUACUUGACAAGGCGGUGAUGGAGUACCCUGACGAAAUCCGAUCUUUCCUGUCUUGUUUUGUGUCAAUAUGUAGAAUAAUUUAUCUUUUUUAUCUCGACAUUUUAAGAAAAUAAAUCUAAACAGUCGUCAUUCGUAA